UAAAAAAGCAAAUUUCUACCUUUAGAACAAAUAUCCCAAGCAUUAUACUUACUAGCCAAAGAUCUAUAUUUAUUUAACCAAAACUCAAAAAUAUGAGAAGUGUAGAAUUUUCUCCCACCCAAAACGAAGAGGAAGGAGAAUAUGCAGGCCAAUUUGAAGAAGACUUAAUACGCAGAGCUUUUAUACAAAAAGUGUAUUUUAUAUUGAGCAUUCAAUUAGUUCUCACUCUAGGGAUCAUUUCUGUUUUCGUCUUUAACGAAGAGCUACAAGAUUAUGUGACCGAACAGCCGCAUUUGCUAUUGGCUGCUUUUGUCAUUACAUUCGUUACCAUGAUUGCCUUGGCCUGUUGUCCCAAUGUGCGACGUAAAGUGCCGGUGAAUUAUAUGUGUUUGGCCAUAUUCACCUUAGCUGAGGGCUUUCUAUUGGGUGUGAUUUCCUCGAUAUACGAUCCCAUGACAGUUUUAAUAGCUGUUGGUAUAACAGCUGCCAUAUGCUUUGCUCUUACGCUAUUUGCCAUGCAAACCAAAUGGGAUUUCACCGUAAUGGGUGGAUUUCUACUUGUGGUUUUGGUUGUAUUUUUGCUAUUCGGUUUACUCAUGUUUUUCUUUCACAGUCAGGUCAUGAAACUGAUCUACUGUUCGUUGGGUGUUUUGAUAUUUUCGCUGUAUCUGUUAUACGAUACCCAAUUAAUGUUGGGCGGAAAGCAUCAGUAUGCUCUUAGUCCGGAUGAAUAUGUUUUUGCUGCUCUCAAUUUGUACAUUGAUAUUGUGCAAAUAUUCAUGUAUAUAUUGGGUUUGCUUGGUAAUAGAGAUUAA